CAAGUUUACCGUACACCGCCUCGAAAACCAGAAAUCCCCGGGGCAGGAGGAGGAGAUGAUACGGAUAUGGGUCAAACACAAUUGGUCACACACGGUCUGCUCAUGCUUUGCGACCUGGCCGGAUUUGACACGUGGAAUCCGAGUCAGACCGUACCAUUAAUCCUGUCCAGCCCAUUCAAUCUAACCCCCACACAACAGCCUGUGGGACAUACACAACCGCGAGGUUCGCAACUGAUUGCCCCGCUUCGCGUGAGUCAAGGACGAAACGAUCUCAAACCGAUCAGACCCCGGGAAUCGGAGGUGGCCCCGGGAACCGAGAGUGAACAUCAUACUCAAUCCUGUUCCGGUGUGAUCCCACCACCAACAGCUGGUUUAGUGAUGCAUCAUCUGUCCCAUGGGAUCGGCACAGAACCGGAUUCGCUGGAAAACAAGUUCGUUCUAUGA